AUGGGAAGCCAAGCAGUGCAGAGUCUAUUCAGUGUCCAUGCAGGACAGGACAAGCUGGCGUUCACGUGCAUAAUUGUAGAUGAGGCCACUCAAGCUAUAGAGCUGGACACGUUGAUCCCCCUGCAGUACGGCAGCACCAAGCUUGUCCUUGUUGGCGACCCAGAGCAGCUACCUCCAACCGUUCUAUCACAGACUGCCCUGGAUAUGAAAUUCGACAUGUCCCUGUUCGAGAGACUGGAUGGUCAUUUCAAGGACAAGGACAGCAACCCGGUGAUUCUACUGGACGUUCAGUACAGGAUGGAUCCUGAGAUAGCCUCCUUCCCCAACCAUUACAUAUACACUGGGAGGAUCAAGAAUGACAAGUGUGUGAUGGACCGUCCACUUUUCCCACUGGUUCCCUUUCUGCUCUACAACAUUGUCGAUGGGAAAGAACUCUUCUCCCAUGACUCAAGAUCUAUGUCCAAUCAGAUGGAGGCAGAGUUUGUAGCGGAGCUGUGUCGGCGUAUAGUGCACAGCAAAUGCGAGGUCACAGAGAAGAUGAUUGGUAUCAUAGCCCCCUACUCAAAGCAACGAGACGAGAUAAGUGACAAGCUUAAACACAGGCGGCUGGAAAGUAUAGAGGUUUGCACAGUGGACGGGUUCCAAGGUAGAGAGAAGCCUGUCAUCAUCAUGUCAUGUGUCAGAGCCAACCUUGGAAAGAAUGUUGGGUUUGUUGGCUGUCGGAAGCGUAUGAAUGUGGCAUUGACUAGGGCUAAAUAUGCCAUGUAUAUUGUGGGACAUUUCGAAUCACUAGAGGGCAACGAUGAAUGGAAUGCCAUGGUCACUGACGCCAGAAAUAGAAACAAGAUUGUCACAGUUGAAAAGUCAUCGUUGGCAACGGCCUUUAAAUCGUGCUUUAAACUGGCUUCUUGAAGCAACAGAAGAUAACAGUUUGGGAACAUAGUUAAGGGAAAAGAGAGGGAAACAGUUAUGUAGACCGUACAUAUAAUUGUUCGCCAUAGCUCAUGGCCUGUAUUUCAGAAAAAAAAGCAAUCUUGGUUAUUAUGAUUUAUCAUGCAGCUUGAUAAUUGAAUAUCCGAAAACCAAACUGAAAGUGACACACAACGUGGGUUGUUACUUAACUUAUAGGCAGCAUAAACACAUUACAUGUGUUAAAUAAUAUUGAAGCGGAGUGCUUGACUGAAUGAGACGAUUCUGUGAAAUCCACAAUUCCUCAUAGAACCAAGCCCUGUUGGUUGUAAAGAUUAUUCCGAUACAUUUGUGUAAGACGGUGAAUAAUAUUAUAUGUGGUUUGUUGCUGAGACAAUUGUCAUUUUAAAUAUAAUGAGAGCAAUUGAGAAAAUUGUGUAGGGUUUGUUGUAAUUGGUUGAGUUUAAGUUAGAUUUAACACUCAAUAACUAGUACUUGACUAUGUAGAACAUGUAAAAUAUUGAGUUUCCCCUUACGUUAUAAACAAUAAAAGCGUAUGGUAUGAAAUUACUGAGGGUGUAUAUCCCAAAUACCAUCAGUUACUAACAGUGAAACUUAUACUGCUCCCCUAUUUUGAAGUUCUUAGGUAUGGUUAAUCGAAUUUACUGGAAGUUUAGAAAUUCUUGUAUCACAACCACGUCAUUCUGUGAUAACUGUUAAUUUUGGUUGUUCUUUGUUGUUUUUUUCGAGGGGGGGGGGGGUCUUGCUGAGAUAUGAUCGGGUAGUCAUAUUACUGUUGGAAUUACUACACAUCGUUUAUAACAUGAAACUGUGUUCAGGUUGAGUAAGUACUUGUUUGUUGUGGCACAUCUUUAUGUAAGAUUUAAAAUCAUUUAGAGACGACAAGAUGCUAACAUGUACCGCUAUAGUGAGUAGUUUGGUAACAUAUGUAAAUAAAGCAUCAUUUUAUGUAAUGUCUGUGUAUGAUAAUUUUAUUGUUUUUUUCUGAAGCAUCUAGCCAUGGAUAUUUUCAUUGUUUAUUGUGUGAUUGCCAUAGUGUUAUUGAUUGUUACAUGUUGACUAGAAUAGUGAUCUAAUUCCUCUAUCCAGAAGAGGAUAAUGUACAUUAAACAAAAAUUUAAAUAAUAAGAAUAUGAUUUGUAUACGCCCGUUUUUUUUAACGGGACAUAUUAUAGUUUCACCAUUGGCGGGCGGGCGGCGGGUGGCGUCCCCAGCAGUGUCCGCUCGCUAAUUCAAAUAGUUUUCAUCCGAUCUUCACCAAACUUUGUCAGAAGUUGUGUCUAGACAAUAUCUAGGUCAAGUUUGAAUAUGGGUCAUGCCGGUUCAAAAACUAGGUCACGGGGUCACUUAGUGCAUUUCAAGGAUUAAGCAUGGUGUCCGCUCUCUAAUUUAAGUAGUUUUCACCCGAUCUUCGCCAAAUUUGGUCAGAAGUUGUGUUUAGAUGAUAUGUAGGUCAAGUUCAAAUAUGGGUCAUGCCGGAUCAAAAACUAGGUCACCAGGUUACUUAGUGCAUUUCAUACAUUUAGCAUGGUGUCCGCUCUCUAAUUGAAGUAGUUUUCAUCUGAUCUUCACCUCAUUUGGUCAGAAGUUGUGUCUAGAUGAUAUGUAGGUCAAGUUCGAAUAUGGGUCAUGCCGGUCAAAACGAGGUCACGAGGUCACAUGGUGCAUUUCAAGCAUUUAGCAUGGUGUCCGCUCUCUAAUUGAAGUAGUUUUCAUCUGAUCUUUACCAAAUUUAGUCAGAUGUUACAUCUAAAUGAUAUCACGGUCAAGUUCAAAUAUGGUUCAUGCCGGGUCAAUAACUAGGUCUCGAGGUCACUUAGUGCAUUUCAAGCAUUGAGCAUUAUGUCCAAAACCUUCGAACGGGCGUUUCUUGUGACAGUUUGGCACUCUUGUUAUAUUAAUAAUAGUAUUCAUGUUCAUGUUUAAAGUAGCAUGAAUAGUGUGUGAACUCAAUUCUUAUACCUGUGUAUGUGUAAAAACAAAAGAUGUGUUUGUCAGAAACACAAUGCCCCCUAUUGCGCCGCUUUAAAAUAAAAUUUUAAUAUAUCCUUUGGCAGGUUUAGAAAUUAUCUCCCUUUUAAAGCGUAUUACUUCCCUUGGAUUGUAUUUUUAUGAUCCCCACUAAAGUAGUGAGGGACGUAUUGUUUUUGCCCUGUCUGUUGGUUGGUCUGUUGGUGGUUGGUCUGUUGGUUGGUUGGUCUGUUGGUUGGUUGGUUUGAGCCAACUUUAACAUUUUGCAAUAACUUUUGCUACAUUUAAUAUAGCAACUUGAUAUUUGGCAUGCAUGUGUAUCUCAUGGAGCUGCACAUUUUGAUAGUGAAAGGUCAAGGUCAUCCUUCAAUGUUAGAGGUCCAAUAUAGUUGGCCAAAAUCGCUCAUUUUAUGAAUACUUUUGCAAUAUUGAAGAUAGCAACUUGAUAUUUGGCAUGAUGUGUAUCUCAUGGAGCUGCACAUUUUGAGUGGUGAAAGGUCAAGGUCAUCCUUCAAGGUCAGUGGUCAAAUAUAUGUGGCCCAAAUCGCUUAUUUUAUGAAUACUUUUGAAAUAUUGAAGAUAGCAACUUGAUAUUUGGCAUGCAUGUGUACCUCAUGGAGCUGCACAUUUUGAGUGGUGAAAGGUCAAGGUCAAGGUCAUUCUUCAAGGUCAAAUAUAUGGGUCAAAAUUGCUCAUGUAAUGUCACUUCUGCAAUAUUGAAGCUAGCAAUUUUAUAUUUGAAAUGCAUGUGUAUCUCAUGGAGCUGCACAUUUUGAGUGGUGAAGGGUCAAGGUCAUCCUUCAAGGUCAAACGUCAUAUAGGGGGACAUUGUGUUUCACAAACGCAUCUUGUUUUACUUUUGACAAUGAAGGAUGAUCUUGACCUUUCACCACUCAAAAUGUGCUGCUUUAUCAGAUACACAUGCAUGCCAAAUAUCAAGUUGCUAUCUUCAAUAUUGCAAAAGUUUUUGCAAAACUUUACUGUAAGGUUAAAGUUUUGGGACAGAAUGACAGACAGACAGACAGACAGGCCAAAAACAAUAUGCACCCGAUCAUUCGAUCCGGGGGCAUACAAAUAUGAAACACUAAAAAGUUACAAAUACUUCCAUCCAAUGUAAAGCAUUCACGAGACAGCAAAAUGAAAAUUAAUGUUAUUGAAUGAUCAUGUGCCUUAAAUGUUUUGUCUGAUUUAGAAAUAGGAUAUGGGGUUCCCACUUUAAAUACAUGUAUCUCCAUACCCUUUUUUAUCCGAUAUUAACACGGAUUAAGGUAUAUAGUGGUACAUAAUAUAUUAUUAUAUAUACAUACGUCAUUUAUUCAACGUCUUAUACAAUAAAAUAUAUAGCGACAAUAAUUGCGAGGUAUAUAAAAUUUCAAUUUCAGACGUGAUUGUGGUUUUCGAUUUAAGACCUUAUUGGGAUAUUUGAUUGCAUUACCUCCACUACACCCCCCUCAUAGUAAUUAAAGGUGCCCAGAACGCGGGGUUGUAUACAGACCCCGUUUUUUAUAUUGACCUCGUAAGUAUAGUCUGAAAACUACCGAGACCGCGUAUCUGGUACUAUGUAUUAGUAUAUAUAUAUAUAUUGGUCAUUGUCUGUUAUCGUUUUUAAGAGAUUUGUGUGUUGUUUAUGAAAUGUAUGAACUUAAACGUGUCAUUUCAAUGAAUUGAUUGAUUCUUGCCUGUUAUAAUUUUUUGUAGUCACGAUGCGUUAACUCCUAUUAUAAUAUAAACUGUGAAACGAUACUGUUGCAAAUAUAAAAAUCUUUUGGAGCCAAUAUAUCUACCGAAAUGGUACAUGUGUUAACACUCUGAAGGUAUCUUGCAACUUUACUUGUCAUCUUUUUCGUAAUAUAGAUAAAAUAUAUAUUAAUAUAUAUAUAUAUAGACAAUCACAUGUUUUGGUUUUACUACUUAACUUUUAAAUGCAAGAACAGUACAUUUUGCAUAAAGUUCAUAGUUCAUUUAGAAGUUACACAUUACUUUUGGUCUUCUUGUGAAAUCUUCUGUAAAAUUUGACUACCUAUCGUUCAUAGCAUGAGAUUGUGUUCGGUUUGAGUAAGUACUUCUAAGCAGUGACACAUCUUUGAGUGAGAUUUAAAAUCAUUUAGAUACGAUCAGAUGUUCGAAGACUUGUUUUGUAUAUAUAUAAAAUUGUGUUAAUAUGUACCGUUUAAGUAAGUAGUUUGCAAACAUAUGUAAUUAAAGCACCAUUUUCUGUAAUGUUUGUGUAUGAUUUCAUUGUUUUUUUUUAUGAAAGAUAGUCAUUGACAAUUUUCAUCGUGUAUUGUGUGAUUGGCAUUAUGUAAAUGAUUAAUUAUUACAUAUUGACUAGUUCAUCGAUUUGUUGGAGAACAAAAAUUCAAGUAAUAAGAGUAUGAUUUUUAUAUUAAUAAUAUUGUUCAUGUUCAUAAGUUACAUGAAUAGUGUUGGAAUUUAAUUCAUAUACCUUUGUAUGUAUACUUCCAUUCAAUGUAAAGCAUUCACUAGCAAGCAAAAAGAAAACUAAGGUUACUGAAGGUACAUUUGAAUUAAAUGUUUGUGUAUGCAUUUAAUUUGUUUCGAGACAAUAUAAACUGUCAACAAAUGUUGUUGCAAAUUUAACUAUCUUUUGGAGCCAAAAUCUACCAAAAUGGUACAUGUGUCAUAACUCGGAAGGUACCUCGCAACUUUUCUUGUCAUCUUUUUCAUUAUAUGGACGAUCACAUGUUUCACUACUUAACUUUAAAAUGCAAGAACAGUACAUUUUGCAUUUAGUUUAUAAUUCAUUCAUAAGUUAUGCAUUACUUUUGGUCUUCAUGUGAAUUUCAACUUAGUCUUGUCAGAAGUGUUAAAUACUAUUUGUUCAUGUUUUAAUCCUACUCUAAGUUUGCUAAAAGCGUAAAAUUCUGGACUAAUUAAGAAAUAACAAAAUCUGUGUUUGUCAGAAACACUAUGUCCCCUUCUGCGCCGCUUUAAAACUAUAUAUUUGACCAUUGACCUCGAAGGUUCAGCUUGACCUUUCACCACUCAAAAUAUGCAGCUCCGUGAUAUACACGUGCAUGCCAAAUAUGAAGUUGCUAUCUUCAAAAUUGCAAAAGUUAUGGCAAAAUAUUAAAGUUGGGGCAAACAAACACACAAACCAACCAACCAACAGACAGGGCAAAAACAAUAUGUCCCCCACUAUAGUGGUGGGGGACAUAAAAUUACCAUGUUCAUCUCCCACCCAUAUUGUUAACUUUCUUACAUGCAAUUGUUAAGCUCUCGCAGUACAUAUAUCCUUCUUUCGUACAGUUCAGUUCGUAAAGUUCAGCAUUACCGUAUUGAAAAAUUAUGGAAUAGGUCUUGUACAACUUCAGUUAUGUAUGUUGUUGUUUUUUGUAAAUGCUAUCAUAAAGAUGUUGUGCUUCGUUAAAAAAAAAGUGGUGAAUUUUUGCAUAAAGUUUCUCACUGGUUUUGAAAUUGUGUUUAUAUAUAAUAAAAAGUGAAUUUUAUCUAUUUGAUUGAAUUAACAGAUAAAUGAGGCUAAAUGAAUUUCUAAGAUGCUCAGUUCUGAUAAUGCAUAAUGUUGAUGCCUUUGUUUUACAAUUGAUGAGCCUUAUUUAAUACGCCUAUCUUACUCCAAAUUCUUUAUCCACUUCUGGAUUUUUCAGGUAGAACAAUUACUUAAUAUUUGAAACCGAAUGCAACACGAUUUAAAUAGAUUUUUAUGAUUUCAGUCUGUGAAGUUGUAAAUAUAAAAUAGGUUGACAUUCAUUUAAUGUCUUUGGCUAUGUAAUAAGACUGAUUUACUUCACGUAUUCUCCAAAUCACCUUGCAUAUGCUUUUGACAAGUUGUAUUUUCUACUGAGUCCUGUGGACUGUUAUUAAAAAUUUAGAUUUAGAUUUACUUUGGAAAUACUUAAAAAAAUUAUGCAUUUUUCACCUCUACGUUCUCAUAAAAAAGGGUUAGUUCUUCUUUUUAUCACACUAUUUGGGCAAUAUAUAUCUAUAUAUGUUUUUUUUUAUAAAUUCAGUUGUUCUCAGUCAAGGAAUGUAUACUGGUAUCACCAUGGAUGUUGUGCGUCUAUAUAUCUGUCUGUCUGUCCGUAGAAAAACUUGUCUCCUACUCUGUUAAAUGAAGUCAGAACAUUUAAAUCUGCAUGCAUUGUUCCAUUGUUCCUUGUGGUAUGAACUUGUGCAUGGGCACAUCUCUGUAACUACAACUUCCAGAUGUGUUAUAAUUGUUAUGUAACAUUGUAUGUCGGCCCUCAACUUAGUUUCAUCAAAUAAUAAAUCUUGAACAAUAAAGGGCCACGUUAAUGGGCUCAUAUGUUUGAUUUAGACUUACAUAGCACAAACAAAUUAUCUUAAUCCACAAGGCCCGAAGGUUAAAUAUGUUAUUAUAUAGAAUAUUAUUGUGGUGCUAUACAAACUGUGUUCAGGAAAAGCCCCUAGGGCCAACACUGGCCACAUAUAAAGGGUUUUCAUUUUUUAAAUAUCUACGGAGUAGUUUAUGAGUAUGACAAUUUUGUAUGCGACAUUUUGAACAUUGUAAUAACUUGUUAAAAAAAGGUUUAUAUUACUACACUGCCAUAUAACUCUUUACUUUUUGAUAAAUAAUCAAGAGCAAACAUUGUGCAUUUAUAGUGUCCCAUACCGAAAUGUUUUAUAGCUGUAUGCAUUUGAGGUUUGCUAAGUUGGUGUAUAUACAAGAAAUCGUUGUGAAUGUAAAUUUUGAUUUGAUGAUAUAUUUUAUCUUUAUGACCAAUACAUGACAAAUAAAUAAUUAAUUUACA